AUGGCUUCGCCCAAAGGUUCCAGUUCUCCACGGCGACAGAGUUUGUUCGAUGUGGCGUCGGAUCUAAUUGCAUCGUUCCGAGACAGGCAGCCAUUGGGUGGUGACAUAACAGUGGAGCAACAUGGCGACACAGGAGUGGCAACAGUUACUGAACAUGUCGUGGAUGAAGGGGGUGUUGAAGAAGAUCACAGUGAGGAGAAGAUUGAAGACAAUGACACUGCUUUGAAUGAGACGCUUACGACUGGUGAAGACCAAAAAAGUGAUUCAUACGAUAGCGAUGAUGACUCGGAGGACGACAGCAACGAUGGUGACUCUAGGACUGAAGACAGUGCUGAGGAUGAAGAGAGUCGAGAUGAAUUCGAGUCGAAGGAACCAAUUGGGACGAGUCAAAUCGAUCCAAUGAUUCUCGAGACUGAGCAGGGCCAGGCAGUAGACACCAGUGAAGAGAGCGAUGGGAGUGGUGUUAGUAGCAGCGAGAGCAGUAAUUCCGUUCAAGCUAACCCCAGCACCGAUGUCAGUGGGCACCAAGGUGUCAGUUAUGAGCAAGGCGAGUCUCCACGUAAGACAAAUCUCUUUGCUCAGGCUGUGUCCAGUGUGGUGGCAACACUUCUUGAGCGACGAUCAUCGCUCACAUCUACCCCGGUGACUAGUGGUGCGAAUGGGAAUGGUUCGGAGAUGAAGGCUGGUGAGCAUAGUCAAAGUAUUGGUAUCGGUCGACACGACAGCGGUGCUGGCGAAGUCGUGGGUGAAGCUCUUGAGUUGACCUCCAGCGCUAUGACGAGUAGUCUUGAUUUGGUCGCUGAAGAUGAAUUGGUUCGAGUGGACUACCAGACAGCGGCCACAGUUCAUGAAAACCUGAGACACAGUGAAACUCACGUCGAAGACACAGACAACAGCCGAGACCACGACGCAGCUUCCGUGACUAGGAGUGCUGAACACGUUUUGGCUCUCAAGGAUGAAGACGCAGAUCACGUCACCAUAUCUAUUCAGGACUCUCCCAAGCCACGAUUCAAGAAAGCAAACAGCAAGGCGACGGGGCUCACAGCCCUCCCUCCCGUUGGAGAAACAGCCAAAGCCGUCAAAACCGUCGGUACAGCACUGUUGGACGUUCUACGCUUUUUGCCUGUUACCAAGAUGACGAAAGAGUGUCUGGUGAAGCUCAAAAGUCAAACUGCAACGAAGGAAGCAUUGGAUUCAUCGAUUUUACAGGAUCUUCGAGAUCUAGGGGAAAUUCUAGGAGGAAAGCCAGUGCCUCGACUCUCUCUUCAGUGUUACGAAGCUAUCGAGAGCAUGAAAAACGAGGGUAAGAUGCUGUCAAUGGAUCAUAUCGUAGAGAUUCGAGACUCUCAUGCACUCGAGUUUUGUGCCAAACCUCCUCAAGAAUAUGAAAGCUAUGGUGUACCUGGCCUUAAACUGGAUGAGAUAAAAAUCUAUAAAGAAACCAAGCUGGCAGAGCUACGGGCAGCAGUUGCCUCGUGUAAUCUGACUACGCUGGAGCAUGCCCCGAUUCCAGAGCUGCUUGCUCUCUGGUCACUGGUGCACAGCUCAGUUAGCAGUAAGAUCUCUGCGAACGUCGCACAGCAAGUUGCAGUGGAGGUUAAACAGCCGAUGCAGCAAAAACUGGGAAACAAAACAGGAUCGUUGCGGUUUGUUGGAGGCGAAGUCGUUGCCGAGCAAGACGUUCAAGCUGGUGGCGAUGAAGAUCUAAUCGAUACGUCGGAUGCGGCUGCUCUCGCCAACAGAAUUGCUCGCAACGGUCUCGUUGGGAUGAAAGACAAGCUGGCGAUGAGUCGAUUACAGGUUGAUACCAUGCUUCAAUCAUUCCGGGAACAACGCCAGAUGCUUGUUGGAGGAGUCAUCGCAGGGAUUAUCGCAAGAUUCCCCCCCUUGCUUCGCAUAGAAAUCGUUCGUGAUUUUUUCCAGAUCGCUGGUUUGUUCUUUGACGGUUUGUACGACCCCGUUCUUGAGUUCUUCCGUGAUUACCAUCCUCCAGGUUGGAUUCUGCUUAUGAUCACGUGGCUGAGAAAAGUGUAUAACGUCAUCGCAUUGGAUGCGUCAAAACUAUUACGCAACCUCAGUAAAGAACUGGGUACAGCCAUUCUCUUGAGCUGCAUCCUAUUAAUCCACUUCGCGUUUCUGAUUAUGGUGAUCAGGUUUUGGUGGAAGAUGCCUCGCAUGGCUGAUAAAGUUCGCCACGGCCAUGAAGCUACAACUUGGGCUUCCUAUGCUUCGCAAAAUGCACGCACAACCAAGUUAACCACCAUCUUCCUCACGGUUAUUCUGACGCUGUAUUUACCCCUCACUCAGUUGGCGUUCAACGUACUCGUUGUAACGCACGACAAGCAUGACCACAGCUCGGCGGAGAAAGUCGGCUUCAUGCACAGGUACCGAGAUGGCCCCCUCUGGUUUUUCUUCCCUCUCGAAGCCAUUUUUCUUCUGCUGACGUUCACUUUGGGGUUACCGAUUCUGCUGAUAUGGUCGAUUUGGAAAAAUCGUCCUAAUGGAUCGCUCGAAGACGAGGACUAUACGUACGAUUUGGAUGGUGAGGAGGUUCCCUUCGACGAUAAAGUUUACACUGAGCUAGUGUCGAGCGAUCCCAGCCAGCUUGGGUGCCCAUUUAGAUCGCUAUACGCUGGUUUUGAACGAUCUUGGAGCAUCUACAAAGUGCUUCAAAUGAUCGCAAAGACAGUUCUGGCUUUGAUCGUGGUCGCUGCAGCGAAGUCCGUGAGAAUUAGUGGGUUGCUCAUUAGCAUUUGCUAUUUCUUCGUGGUGGGGCUAUCAAAGUACAGCCAGCCUUUCAUCGAUCCGGUUGACGAUCUAAUGGAGCUCAUUUCCAAAACCACGGCUCUGACUACUGCAGUCGGAGCAACUGCGGUUGCCUACGUAUCCGAAGUGGUGGAUACAUCUCCGAAUGCAGUAACGCAUGUCAAUCGCUUCAUGGGAUUUGUAGUUGUAGUUCACUGGGUCAAUAUGGUAGCUAUGCUUGUAGCGCUAGCGUUCGGAGUGAGUGCACUGCGCGUUCAACUCAAGAGACUGACCGGGUGGCUCUCGUUCAGUGAUACCUCACGAGGGAUUGACGACGGCCGAGCAAAAACCAUUAUUCCGUAUUGGGAUAUUGCAAAAGAAGCAAAGCAUCGUGUGUGGCAGGCGUUUUGGCGAGCUAUUCUUCUUGAGUUGGCUGUUCCUACAAGCAGCGACGACGUUAGCAAUCAGAAAUGGAAAGGCGGAGGCAGCAAGGACGUUAGCGUCAAAGGAACCGACCGACUUGCAUCAUUAGAAGAAGCUGUGGUUGCCUCUGGUUUGAAGCGCGUCGAGUCGCACUGGUUCGGGACAGAACAUGUGUACACAACGCAACUACGUCGCUUGGCCCGUGAAGCCCUUGAAGGUGUGGAUGUGUACUGGAAUAACCCAUUCGGAGCCCGAGAUGGUCACCUUGAUUCCGUUACUUGUUUUGGCAAAAUGUACGUUGUUCCGUACCCCUUCCACUGCGUUGUGGUGUAUGACGACGCAGAAGACGAGGCCAUUAUCAGAGACGACUGUGACAAGUUUUCGCCCUUGAAAAGCUACGAAAACUUAUCCAAGCUGCUGUUUCUAAACUUCACACCAGAUAUCAUGAAGAAGCGCGAGUUACGACAGAAGCUACGUGUGUUGAGUGAUACCAAGACGCAGAUUAUGUUUGUGUUUGAGCGCACUGAAAAAGUAUUUCUAUGGCCAAGGAUUCUCGAGUGGAAAAGGUGGAAAUGUAUUUGUAUUCCUGUGAUUCUGACACCGGGAUUCUACAAAUUCAAAUGCAAAUACAAAAAGGGAAUCAUUCGAGUGCAGUCCAACAGUGACAAAGCAGGGACGAUACUGCGGAUGUCCAAGAGUGGAGCGAUGCAGCGAGUCAGAAAAUGGCUGAGUGAGCAGAAGUGGCUACAAAAAUUGAAAAUCUGGAUCACUAAGGUGUCAUUUUUCCAGACUUUCUUCAAGCCAACUCAACCAAAUACCGAAAAAAAAAGCAGAACAAGGAUCAUGGCCGAUGGUUUCAACGUGACCAUGAAAUACAAGGACGGGACUGGAGUAGUCGAAAUCCCGGACUCGGACUACCGAAUUAAGGUGAAAGGUCCACGCAAGGCACUCAUGAAGGCUGAUCAUAUCGGCCUGAAGCCCACUAUGGAGGAAAGCGAGACGUUGAGUAUGAUUUUCAAAGCCACAGAAAGUGUGUGGAAGUCUGGUCUCAAGGAGCUUCGUGAAAAACAUCGGAAGUAUCGUCACGAACUCAUUGCGAAACAUGAGAACGAAAAUGCAGCUUUGAGCGACACUUUCUGGUUUUUUGUUUACUAUAAUCCCCAUCUCGCUCGGAAUAAACUGGAAACAUAUCUCCGCGAACACGAGACGAAUCCGCUACUACAAAAUCUUCCGAAAAAACACAAGCUGGCGUUGGAUGCGCUGUAUCUUCGUCAAAAGUGGGUCUACUUGAACCCAAGACAGACGUGUUGGUACGUCUUCUGGGACGACGUGUAUGCUCGCAAUUCUGGUAUGAAGAAAUACUUGAAGCGUGAGGACUUUGACCCGCUGUUGCCAACCUCUAUCUGCUACAUGCCACCAAUGGAGAAGAAAGAUCUGGAGAAUUGGCUGGCUCAACGUAAGCUUCUCGGUCGCUGGAAAUCGUUUCAUCCAGAUUUGAUUAACAUGCUUUAUGACAAGAUGUCUGCGUACGAGAAGAAACUAAAGGAAGACCGUAAACAGUUGAUGAAGAGGCUACUGGUUCAGUCUAUCAGACGACUUGAUGAAAAAUAG